GAAGGCUCGAAGUUUGACGUGAUCCAAGGUCAAGGUCAUAUCAGCAUGGCUAGAAAAGGUGAACGUGUUUCUGUGAGUGAAGACGAUGACGAAGAUAUUUAUGACCCUAAAAGCAGGGGAUUCUGUCGUGCAUGUGUCGACUUGUCAAAGUUUGGUCUUACAAAAGCAAAGGAGAUGGUAUCCAAACCGAGUGUAGAGUGUCCGCCGGAUAAAAUUGAACUUGGAAAAGCAACAUGGACUUUGUUGCAUACAAUGGCAGCAUAUUACCCUAUACACCCGACAUUGAAACAACAAGAAGAUAUGAAGAAGUUUUUACAAAUUUUUCCUCAGUUCUUCCCAUGUCGACCAUGUGCUUAUGAUUUUGAGUCUAACAUUAUUGUUCAUCCACCGAAAUUGGAUAGUCGUCAUGCAUUAAGUGGAUGGUUAUGUAUGCAACAUAAUUUAGUGAAUAAAAAGAUUGGCAAACCGUUAUUUGAUUGUACUCAUGUAUUGGAAAGAUGGCGAUAUGGUUGGAAAGAUAAUGAUGAUUGUAGAUUACCAGAACAAGACUAGUAACAUUUUCAAUGACUUGUCUUUUAAUAUAUAUAUAUAAUGUAUGUGUGUGUGUGUGUUUGAUGAUUGUUCAGAAUUCCUUUCGACCUAUAUUCUCUUGUUCCUAUGUUUGUUCAGUAGUAUCUUUCAUUAUUACUAAGAAAUAAUGAGUAGUAUGAUAGUGUACACAAAUAAUUCAUUUAGUAUGAAAAUAUAUGUAUUGGACAAUUUGAAUUGAUAUUUCAGUGAUGUUUGUUUUUAUUUUAUAUUAAAAUUAGAAAAAUAUACCUGGUAUUUGCC